UUCAAUGCAAUUCAAUUCUUAUAUUAUAAUAUUAUUAAUGUCAUUAAUACAUUAGUAUUACCUUUGUGGCCAUGAGUGGACGCUGGUUGGUGAUGGUGAGCCUCUUCUUCCUCAGCUCAAUACAACCGCACGAGUUAAAUCAUUUGAAAAGACGUGCUUCAUCUACACUGACGUCUGCCUCUGAUGCAGGGAAGCAGUUCUGUGUAUUGAGUUUCCUCUGGCAUAGUGGCAUAUACAUAUUCCAAAACAUGGGGAUGUUCUGGAUGUACUGCCUACAGCACCUGUUAUCAUUUUACAGCAACAGCUCUGUAAACAGGGCCCAACACGCAACAGCAGAGAACGCUGUGUUGUCUGUAGAUCCGACAGACUCGCCAAUAGACUGCUGGAUAACGAUCACGUGAUAUGUUUACUGCAAAUCCAUGUCCGUUCCGCGGCUAUAAGAAUAACGAGAGCCGUGAGCUGUAAGUCAGAGCGAAUCGGAACUAGGAGUACAGAAGAGUACAGGAAAUCGGCCUGUGAACUCUUAACGUGUGAUUAACUUCAUGUGUGCUUCAAGUAGUGCACUGAUGUUGGGAGGUGCGAUUUAGUGAGACUUCUAAGGUUCAUGUGUUAUGAAUCCGUUGCCAAGAAACGGAUAGUGAAG